CCAGUUUACUACAAUGGCGUCUUCCGUUCCAAGUUUGUUUCGGAUCAUGGAUGUUUAUCUUUAAAAAGUAACAUGUAAUUUAUUUAUCUUCGUUUUUCAAGUAACGGUAUUAUUCCUUGAUGACCAUGUUUAACAUGUUGCAAUGGUGUAGAUACGUCUGAUUAGGGAGGUACACCUUGGCCAUCUGUUUGCAUAUUUUAUUUUUCUAAGGGAUUCUUUCAUCUUGAUGAAAAUGUCGAAGCGUCCAGCAGAUACCGCGGACUCGGGGUCCCAGCCCCCGAUAAAAAAGGUUCAGUUCGAACCGAUCCUGAUCGGACCCAUUUCCACAUUGGAGGAGAUGGAUAUGAAGGUCUUGCAAUUUCAGAACAAAAAAUUGGCUCAGAGGUUAGAACAAAGACAUAGAAUGGAAGCAGAAUUACGUCAACGCAUUGAACAACUAGAGAAGCGACAAACUCAAGAUGAUGCAGUCCUUAACGUCGUUAAUCGAUAUUGGAAUCAAUUAAAUGAAGAUAUACGUGUGCUGCUUCAGAGGUUCGAUGCAGAGACAGCAGAUGAAUCGGAAAAUAAAAAUGAAAGCGAAGCAACAACGUCGUUUCUUAUGCAAUUGUCAUCCUGGGACAAGGAAGAACUGGAUGAUAAAUUGGCAAAUCGUGUGCAGGUUUCAAAACGAGCUGUUUCUAAAGUUGUGCAAGCAUUUGAUCGGCUUUCUCAAAGAAAUGAAAAAAUCACACUUGCUCUCAAAGGUGAAUUCAAUGGAGAUGAUGCACCUAAUAUUGACGAAGUCGUACGUAAAGCCAACACGGAAAUACAGACGGAAAAUAGGAAUCUCCAGGCAAUAAAUAUUCAGCUUCACGAAAAGUAUCACACUAUAUCUCUUAAGAUGUCGGAGUUACAAGAUACCAUCACCGGUAAAGAUACACUUGCCGCGGAACUUCGAAAUCAAGUGGAUGACCUACAAUACGAGUUGAAUAAAGUUCGAGCAAGGAACGAUAAAUUGGAACAUCAUCUUGGUGAAGCUAUCGAGAAGUUAAAGGCAUUUCAGCAGAUUCAUGGUUCCGAUGAAAAGGGUAGCAACAAACCAAGCACUCUUGUAGCAUCGAGUGUGUCACAAACAAAAUUAGAGGAUUUACAAAGAGAGUUGGAGGAAACUCGAGAAUUAGCAAACAAUAGAUUGCAAGAGCUAGAUAAAUUACACCAGCAACAUCGCGAUGCCCUUAAAGAAGUGGAAAAGUUGAAAAUGGAUAUUCGUCAGCUGCCAGAAUCUGUGAUCGUUGAGACGACGGAAUACAAAUGUUUACAAUCUCAAUUUUCUGUACUUUACAACGAGUCCAUGCAAUUGAAAACGCAGCUUGACGAUGCACGCCAGCAGUUGCAGUCAAGUAAAAAUGCACAUUUACGUCACAUUGAAAUGAUGGAGAGCGAAGAAUUGAUGGCGCAAAAGAAACUGCGCGGUGAGUGCAUUCAAUUAGAAGAUGUCCUCGCGCAAUUACGUAAAGAGUACGAGAUGCUGCGAAUAGAGUUUGAACAAAAUCUGGCAGCGAACGAACAAACCGGCCCGAUCAACCGAGAGAUGAGACAUUUGAUUACAUCGUUGCAAAAUCAUAAUCAGCAAUUGAAAGGCGAGGUGCAUCGAUACAAAAGGAAAUACAAGGAAGCGUCUACUGAGAUACCUAAAUUGAAAAAGGAAAUAGAAGAAUUAACGACGAAACUCGGCCAACAAACAGCUCAAGAAAAUAAAGAAGGUAGUAAUUCCGAUGGCAGUGGCAAAGAAGAGGACACAUCUAAUUCUCUCCCAGGAUCCACUCAGGUCAAAGAGGAAAGUGGCAUCGCGAUAAAAAGGGAAGUCGGUGCCGACGAAGAAGUUGAAACCAUUGAAGUAGGAGAGGGUGAUGGGAAUAAAGGAACUCCGGAUUCUUUAACUCUAACGUCGCCUACACUCAAAAAGGAGAAGGAUAUUAAAAGAGAGAAGGACGUAAAGAAGGAGACCGUCAAAGCAGAACAUCGAGAUCCUACCCACCGAUCCAAAGACUCGAAAGUUACCGAAUCGGAAAUUGUUCGAGACUUGAAAGCUCAACUCAAGAAAGCUGUAAACGAGAUGAAAGAAAUGAAGCUACUGUUAGAUAUGUACAAAGGUGUCGGAAAAGAACAGCGUGACAAGGUACAGUUAAUGGCGGCGGAGCGUAAAACGAGAGCGGAACUUGAAGAACUGCGACAGCAAAUAAAAAAGAUACAGGAAAGCAAACGAGAGGAGCGAAAGAAAUUGGCCGAUGAGGACGCGCAAAUAAAAAUAAAGAAAUUAGAAGAACAAGCGUAUACUCUCCAGAGACAAGUCGCCUCACAAAAACAGAACUGCGUCUGGCUGCAGGAGGAGGAGGCCCUUCUGAAUGAAAUGGAGGUGACCGGCCAAGCAUUCGAGGACAUGCAGGAACAGAAUUCUCGUUUGAUACAACAGUUGCGGGAAAAGGACGACGCCAAUUUCAAGCUGAUGACCGAGAGAAUCAAGAGCAAUCAGUUGCAUAAACUAGCCAGAGAGGAAAAGGACGUUUUGAAGGAACAGGUGUCGACGCUCACUACUCAGGUCGAAGCUGCGAAUGUCGUGGUUCGAAAGUUGGAGGAGAAGGAACGUUUGCUUCAGAACUCGUUGGCUACGGUGGAGAAGGAGCUGGCCCUUAGGCAACAAGCAAUGGAGAUGCACAAACGCAAAGCUAUCGAGAGCGCACAGUCUGCGGCAGACCUUAAGCUUCAUCUUGAAAAGUACCACUCCCAGAUGAAGGAGGCGCAGCAAGUCGUAGCAGAGAAGACGAGUUCCCUCGAAGCCGAAGCUUAUAAAACGAAAAGAUUACAGGAAGAGAUAGCGCAGCUGCGGCGGAAGGUGGAGAGAAUGAAGAAGAUCGAGCUAGCGGAGACUCUGGACGAAGUAAUGGCCGAAGAGUUGCGGGAGUACAAAGAGACCUUGACUUGUCCCUCGUGCAAGGUCAAACGGAAAGACGCAGUCCUGACCAAGUGCUUCCACGUUUUCUGCUGGGAUUGCCUGAGGACGCGCUACGAAACUCGCCAGCGGAAAUGUCCCAAGUGCAACUGUGCGUUCGGUGCCAAUGACUAUCAUCGGCUCUACCUCUCUACAUGAAGAAAGACGUCGCGUCGUGCCAGCGACACGAGUUUCGUCCACGCCGGUCGGCGAUGUUGACUCUCGACUCUUCAGGGACGUAAAAUGGCUCCCUUCCUGCGGUUCGAACGAUUCUGCACGGGAGAACAGUACUGUUAAUUUAUUUACCUUAUCAAGCAUUUUAAAGGGUAACGGAAAACGCGCGAAGAAUACGUACUAUCUUGAGAAGGAAUCGAGGGAUCCGUUCUCGAGACAAAAUAGGAUAGACACUUUGGGUAUAAAUCACCGAUCUAUGUAUUAACUGGAUAGCUGAUGCCCUACAAAAUAACGUGACGUUUUGAUGCGACUACAGCGCCUCUGGUUAGGGGCAUAUCAACGAAUAUCAGUAUUUGCGCAUGUGGGAAAACAACGCAUCUUCUAACUGCAGAUAGUAGAAGAGGUGUCAAAGUAAUUGUUUAUUUUCAUUAAAAUACUCACGAGAAACGAGGUAACCGUUUUGUUUUAGUCGAAGCUUUCUAUGCCCAACGCACCAUUCUACACGUGGAUGGUGUCUCUUCUAUUCUUUUAUAUCUUAAACGUUUACCUUCGCGAAUUGACGGUUCAAAACUUUUGCACAUGAGCACACGUUACUUAGUACCACUGCCCAUGUCUAAUGGCGCUGGGGUGCCUUGAAUUCGUCGAAGCCCUCUCCGUACAGAACAAAUAGGUAUCAGCUAUCCAGUUAGUUUAUAAAUCAGUGCUGUAAAAUGCUGUUGCAAAAAAGAGCUGUAUGACUCGCGAAAUCGCAAAGUGGAUUAGUCUAGUAAAGGAAAGGUUACUGAAUGCAACUUGUGAUGAAGAGUGACAUUGUGCAACAGGCGCCUCGCAUCGCAACAUAAUUCUCGAAUCGAAUCGAUCUUGGCAGAGGAAUGUGCAUUUUUUUUUAAUCUCUGCAAAGUUUGCGAAGACUCGAGAGAGAGAGAGAUAAAGAGAUAUUCGAGAGAAGCGGAACCUUCUAGAUCGUGUUAUUAAAUUAAGCGAUAAGUUGUAGACUUAUUAAAUAUUUGCGUACGUGCUAUUUGCUUUUUUAUUCUACUUAAAGCGAGGAUGAAUUUUAUAUCGAUGUGGCCCCCGUGAAAUUCCAUGAGCGCUCAGAUUCAUGUUAACUCUUAACCGGAAAUUGGGUCGUUUUUAUCCAAUGUCACAUGAAUGUAUAUAGAAAAUAUAAAUGUCUCGUCAAGAAAUAUUCACAUUUUUUUUUCUUUCCGGCUAUUAACCACAAUUACCUACGUGAGAAUACGGUAAAGUACCAGAUUGGAUGUGUAAAGUGCAGAUUUUUUAAUACGAUGACAUUGGGUCGAAAUAACUCAAUUUUUAUUGAAAGGUUGAAGCGCCAAUUGCUUCUCUGACUGAGUGCUUUCCUGAAUAACAAUGACGGAAAUUGCUGGAAGAUCUCCAGGUCGGAGAGGUCCAAAGCAAUGAAGACGAGGUAAUUAAAAAUCUCGUUUUGUAAUUACACAGAAUUUCUUCUUAAAUGCGAAACGCGUUUUGUGCGAAUGAUUGGUCAUAGACACCAUGUUUGUCAUCUAACAUUAGGUAAUUGAAAUUUCAUGAAACUCAAUCCUUGACUGAUUACCUAUGUUGCAUAUUCAACAUUUGAGGGUAAUCUGAAACAUACUUGCUUAUCAGGAAGUACCUAGACACUGCCUUCCAAAAUAUGAGGGAAAAGAAUAAAUGAUGUACAAAGUAUUGCUUCGACAUGAAGAAAAUGGCUCGUAUAGCUUUUUAACCCUAGAUAACUAAUCAUUCAUAAGAAUGAUGAACAAAACAAUUAAAUGAUAUCGUUACUCAUUGAUGGUUUAGUCAUCUAGGGUUAGAGGUUUUCAAAAGGUACGUUUUGUCUCGUCUUCACUUGACCAGUAUAAAUUAUAUAUAUUCAUAUAUCAUAAAUAACAAUCGAUUCUUGCUUUAAGGACUGCGUAACAAUUAUCGACGAAAUGAAAUCAAGUGAAACUGAUUUUAAUUCGUACUGGUUAGUGCCGGCAGUCUUUGAGCUCGCACCAGUGUACUUUCCUAUGACAUGUCUUAACACUUAAGGGGAUGUGAUAGUGGCAUCUGAGAUAUCAAUUGUUCAUGAAACUUUUCUUCGAAGUGUACCAACGCGUUAUACAAUUUUUGUCGAAUCGGCAUCGGCGCGUGUUGAAAUCUGUACUAAAACUGUCAGAUAAUUUUCUUACAUCUUCCUCCAUUUAUAUCAUUUUUGCCACUGACCAAGACGUGUAUAUAUAUCAUAAUUACAUUCGUACUCAAUGUAUAGAUAACUGGUGACAAGGCUUUAGAAUACACUGUUUUACAACCUAA